GGAGUCAGGGAAAUCUCCCGGAACACCCGUCUACUGCCCCCUAUGGGUGACCUGCUCGUCAAAAGCGGCGAAUACCUGACUCCUCCCCGUACGGUCUCUACGCCAGCUCCCUGACUCCUCCCACAUCUUCCUCAUCACAUGAUCACUCCCUAGUAUAUCUCCUCCAGCUACCUGACUCUUGUAACACGUGACAGAGGUCACGUGGUGACGCCACCAUCACAGCCAUAUUGGUACACCCACGCAGGUCCUGGUGGAGGUGUGAUGCUCUGUAGGAAUGUUAGAAGAAGUGAGAGGUCGAGGGGCCCACGGGCUCCUCAUAAUGACAGACAGUGCCUUCCAUUCUGGCCUCAGAUUACUGUACAGCUUCAUCAUGGCCGCACUUCAGAGGGCGGAGUUGGUCCACGUUUUCGGCUAUGAGGUUCCAGAAGAAGAAUUUCGGGCCGGCUUAUCUCCAGAGCUGUCAUCCAGCCUCACCUUUCAUGAUGGAUUCUCGGACCCCCUGCACUGGGAGACGAGCGUUCCCUCACUCACUCUGCAGCACUUCUCUGCGCAGGGCGUACUGGAGCGGGUGGGCUGUCCACGCGGCCCGCUGACCGUUGUCUUCCACUCCCUAAGCUGGAUUCUGUUGCGUUGUCCGCUCCCCUAUGUCUGUCACCAGCUGCGAGAAUUGUCCGGCCUGCAGAGCGAGCACGGUGACACGUGUGUCGUGGCGCUGCUCCAUGCAGACCUCCAUGAACCUGGUGUGCUACGCUCUGUAUGUCUCCUCGCGGACACAGUCAUCGCCCUGAGCGACCAGGGAGAAAAAGCCUCCGUCCUCCAGCGCAGACGGAGCGGCAAAGUGGUGACCUGUAUGGAGACUUUCAGGGUACACGACGACUUCUCUCUAGAGACAAUUCUUGAGACGGACGAAGAACCAGAGAACAGCGCUCCGGUGGAUCCUACUGUGAACCUGACGUUUAAUCUGCGUCUCUCCGGAACCGAACGAGAACGAAAAGAGUCUGCAACCCUGCCGUAUACAUUCACUGACAGCAAGAAAAUGUGUCUCCUCGGAGCCUCCAGUGGAUCCGCUAAGAUUUUCUAUGACGCGGAGCCGGCGGACGAUGUAGAUGAGGAGGACCCUGAUGAUGACCUGGAUGUCUGAGCUCCUCUGUAGCCUGUACCUCUGUGAAUAAAGGACCCAUACUGACCCCCGGUAUCUGAUAUGUGGGGGGGGGGCAGAUAUCACAUAAUCAGAGACUACAGCUCUUUCCA